CCCCGCUGCACUGUGCGCUGACAGCGGGCUGAACGCAGACCGCCGCCGUCGCGAGCACCGUUACCGUUUCUGCCGCCUGCGGCUUCAACUCCACAUCGCGAGCUGCGGUCCGGAUACGACCUGCCACCGGAGAGGGUUAAACUACGCUGACGGGACACCGGGAAAAAUAUCUGAAACUGCUUUUAACGGCUGUGCACGCGCUGAGUGGCGGGGCUUCCGGCGAUCGGACUCUCCGUACAGCGACUUGGGAGGCUGACAGCUGGAAGACAUUUGACUGCAUGAAGAUGAUGAGUGACGGGACUCUGGUCCUCACCUAACCCCCCACCCCCACCCCCACCCUGCCUGGACAUGAGGCCGCUCCGAUCGUUUGCAAAUGACGACCGCCAUGUCAUGGCCAAACAUGCCAGCAUCUAUCCAGCCCCAGAGGAGCUGGAGGCCGUCCAGACGCUGGUGUCCACCGUGGAGGGAGCCCUUAAGAAGGUCUCUGAUUGGAUGGACGACCUCAAAAAGUCCUCAGGGACGACUUCUAUAAGUGAUGAGACUGAUGGCAACAUGGUGGAGGAAGAUGCUGCUGAGACAAAGUCCGAAGCGACGUCGGUGCUGUGUGGGGUGAUGCGUGUCGGCCUGGUCGCCAAAGGUCUGCUGAUCAAAGACGACAUGGACCUGGAGCUGGUGCUGAUGUGCAGGGAGAAACCCACCAAACUGCUGCUGUACACCGUCAGCGCCAACCUCCCCCUGCAGAUCCAGACGAUGACCGACGACAGAUAUGAAGUCCGGUCGUGUGUGCCUGAGGCGGCCAUCCAGGUCUGCAGCACCACAGACCCCCACCUCUCGCUGAAGAUCACCAUCUCCUCCUUAACCAUGAGGGAGGAGCACAGCACCACAGAAGGAGGAGAGGAAGACAGUUGCCAUGGCGACGAGGAGGAGGAAGAUGUCCUGGAUAGGCAUAAGUGCCGGGCUGGAUUGGCUUCGCUUCGACAUGCUAAAUGGUUCCAGGCGAGAGUCGCAGACCUCAAGUCCUGCAUCGUCGUUCUCAGGAUUCUCAGAGAUUUGUGCAACCACCAGCCGGCUUGGCAACCUCUCAAAGGAUGGCCUCUGGAGGUGAUCUGUGAAAAGGCCAUAGCGACCUGUAACCGUCCUCUGGGCCCUGGAGAAGCCCUGCGUCGUGUUAUGGAGUGUAUCGCCUCAGGGAUGCUCCUACCAGGAGGUCCAGGAGUUCAUGACCCCUGUGAGAGGGAACCCACAGACGUCCUGUCCCACCUCAGCGCCCAGCAGGCGGACGCCGUCACCCGGAGCGCGCAGCAUGCCUUACGCCUCCUAGCGUUCGGACAGCUGUACAAGGUCCUGGACAUGGACCCUCUGCCGGCCUGUAAACCCUCCCCAAGGCUGCUGGAAGGCGGCUGUCAGAAGAGACUCCGGGAGGAGUCGGGGUUGGACGACAGAGACUUCAUCAAAAGGAUGAAAGUUCUGGACUGGAGGAUGACGGAUCCAAACCACCCCAUGAAUGCUCUGAUGCGUCUGAACCAGAUCCAUCCAGGUCUUCAGUACCGCCUGCUAUCCCAGUCCGGCCCUGUCCAUGCUCCGGUCUUCACCAUGUCCGUGGAGAUCCAGGGAGCCACCUACCAGGCCACGGGGAACUCCAAGAGAACCGCGAAGCUCCAAGUCGCUCUCAAGGCUCUGCAGGCUCUAGGCUUCGUGCUCGGACCCGACGGGGACGUGGACUCGCUGAGCGCCGAUGAGAAGUCCGACGGCGAAGGCAGAAACGACAGGAUGUCCUCCGGCUCCAGCUCCAUGUCCAUCACUUCCUCUACAGACACACAGGAGUCCAGAGCUCCAGGUCCCAUUCUGACUGCAGGAGGGAAAAACCCAGUGAUGGAGCUGAAUGAGAAGCGCCGUGGCCUUAAAUACCAGCUCAUCUCGGAGAGCGGGAGCAGCUACGACAAACGCUUCAUCAUAGAGGUGGAGGUGGACAAACAGGUUUUUCGGGGAUCGGGUCCCAAUAAGAAAGUAGCUAAAGCCAGCGCUGCCCUCGCCGCCCUGAACAGCCUGUUCUCCGGCUCCAAGUCAAUGACCAGCAAGAAGAAACGGCCCAACCCUCCACCAAAACGACCUCUGACCUCGGUGCUGACCAUCCCCACGCUCGCUGCCAGACCUCCACGUGUCCCUGUAAUACCCAGAGCUCCAUACAUCAGCACCCCCCCCACACAUGGCUACAUCCCUCCAGGUUUCGGUGCUCCUUACGGCUACAGCCCUGCCGGCGCCCUUCCCGCUUACGGUUUUCCCUCCAGAUUGCCCUCAGUAGUUUUACCCGUCAUCAGAGUUCCCACAGCUUACCCCACCACCCAUCUCUACCCCUAUUAGGACCCCACCCUCCUCACAGGAGACCACUUGUUAAAGGAAUGCACCUUCAGGCAUCAAACCACCGAUAAUCUUCAGUCAGCUGCAAGCAGCAGCUUAUGUUAAAGUUGUGGUUGUGUGAAUACAGUUUGAUUAAUCAUCAUGGGAGAGUUUAGUGAGAGACUAGUUCAGACUGGUUGAUGGAGAUGAGUUACAGAGGAGCUCAGAUCAAACCUUAAAGCACUGGACAGCAGUAACGGCAGAACAAGUAAAAUACGCACGAUGUGGUUUGGAAAAGUUCAUCAGCAAAGCAAUUUUCCAACGAUGUAAUCACUGGUUAGUGCAUUUAAAAUAUUUAGCUAGAAAUUAACCUCCAGGAGUGGCUUUUACUGGCUUUUCGGCUCAUUAGAAGCAAAAAGUCCCCCCAAAAAACAGCAAACAAUAUUUCUGAUUAAUAUGUUUAUCACACAAUAAUAAUAUUUUUUAUUAUUUAAAGAUUUAAAUUGUACUAGAAUUUAAUACAAAACCUUUUUUGAUGCAUUAUUUUUUUUUUUUUAUUAUUUUAACCCUGUCAAUGCCUAUUUGAUCACAUGUUCUUACUGUUUUCUGAAAAGACAGAAAAAGUUGUUUUUCAUAAAAUAGAUUAUCAUUUAAAUAAUUGCAUAUUUGAUUUAGUCAUUUGAGCAAAAUAAGUAGAAAAAAAAUCAACAUUUUUACACCUAAAAACCUAAAAAAGAACCUAAAAAGGUGUAAAUUUGUCCUGGUCACCUUUUAGAACAAUUUAAAUUAGAAUUUCAAAAUUCUUCAAGAGAAACUUUUUUUAUUUUUUACAAGAAAAAAAAAAUGUCCCAAACUUAAAAGAAAAAAAUCCCAUAAUUACCAACAAGAUUUAAGAAAAUAACUGAACUAUAAAUAAAAAUAUUUCUUUAAAAACAACUAACAACAUUAAGAAAGAAACAGAACAAAUAUGCAGCCCUUUUUAGGGAAAAAUGAAAUAUACACAAAGCCUGGAAAUAAAGACAAAUUAUACCAUCUGUGUCAGUUUUAGUCUUUAAAACAACUCAGACAGCAUGAAGGACUAAAACUCACCAUCACUGCAGAGCAGAGAUGUCCAGUUCUGGUCCUCAAGGGUCGCAGUCCUGCAAGUUUUAGAUGUUUCCUGCUCCAACAAACCUGAUUCAUAUCAAAUGGAUCCAACAGCCUAUCACAUUCGGCACAAUGGCCCAUUAGUUAGAGUCAGGUGUGUUGGAGCAGGGAAACGUCUAAAACCUGUAGGACAGCGGGACUAAGUUGAAAAGCCUUAUUUUAGAUGUUUCCUGGGUCAUUAACAUAUUUGGGUAGAAAUUAGUUUGUUGAGGAGAUCAUUUUAAUAAUUAGAGCAGGAAAACGUCUAAAACCUGCAGGACUGCGACCCUCCAGGACCAGGACUGGACAUGCUUGUUUUAGAGCAGUGAAGUAAAUAACUGAGCGAGUCACGAUGACGUUCUCCCACGUGGCUGGAAACAGCUCAGCUAACGAUAACUUAAGUUUAGGUUCCUGCGGUAGAAGCAUUAGUAGAUGUUUCUCUUCCCGUCGGUCGGUCAGUUGGAGGGUCGGGCCGUGAUGUUUCUGUCACCUAUACAGCCUAAAAACAAAAGUAAAGAAAACAAAAACACCUUCCGAGAGGAAAUAACUAUAUUUCUAUUGUAUUAAACCAGAGAGGCAACAGCUACAAUAAAUGCAAUGUUUGGACACCAAGAACUAAAAAUAUUUACUGAAGAUGUUUUUUAAUCUGAGGAGCAGCAGAACUAACGACUCAACUGAGGAUAAAGAACCGAAUAAAAACAACUAAACUUUUAUCUGGAGGCUACUGAAGACAUAAAACUUCACUUAUGGAGUUUAACAAACUUUCCUGUAAAUAUCAGCUAUAAGAGAACUAAAACUACAACGUCUCCAUGGAAACCAGACAACAGCAAACAAACUGAAUGUGAGGGAGCGUCUUUCCCAGCAAGUCAGUUAUUCCUUUAACAAUUACUCCUGGAUGUGAAUGUUGUUCCUUUUCUCCGUUUUAUGACGUUCUUGUUUUGUUUCUGUGGUGAGGAAACGAGCGGCUGGUUGCACUGAGGAACCUUCUCCCUUCGUUUCAUCCCAAACGUUUACGGUUAAAUAUGAGUUAAAAUCUUCUCUUAUCAGAGAUGUUUUAUUUUGACCUGUUUGUAGAUAAAAUUCUUUUUAAUAAAUCAGUAUUUUUUGUCAAAUGUG